UUGUGUUUCAGGUCUCCAUAUCGUUUAUAUCGUCCGUAUCAACUCGAGAUUCCUGAAUCGACUUUUGCCACAAAUCCGGCACUUUUCUAUCGAAAUCCAAAUUUUGACAUCCUCUCUGAGGUGAACAAACGAGCAAGACGUCUAGAACGAGCCGUCUCAUACCAAAAAGUUUUAGCUAUUAUUCAGGUGAUGAUUGAUUGUUCAACUCGAUUGGUCGCUUGGACAGUUUUGUGGUCCUUUAGCAACAUACACGGAUUCGCAAAAAUGUCAUCAGUUAUUUUUAGCACUUCUAAGCAAAAAGCUGUGAAGCACGUGUGA